UUUAACCUGUUGAGGUGUUUACAGAAUGAUUGUAGGUUAAAACUGCCUGAGCUCUUAUUAUUGAACACGUCACCAUAAGAUGCUCUUGAGGGACAGUUCCUAUUACAGUAAAAGUGUACUGUAAAUCAACACAAAAGAAUUAGAGUGGAUAUUAAUAAGAGAGCUGUGAAGCAACACUUCUCCAUCAUGCACUGGCACAGCGUCAUUAUAUAUCAACUGUAGCCGGAUUUAAACACUCAUUCGGUCAGAUCAGAGGAAGUUAACAAACACAGGAGGAGCUGAUGAUGUUUAGAGAAAGAGUUGUGAGCGUAUAAUGAAGAGGAAGACUGACAGAAACAGAAAAUGUCUGAUAAGUGUGAUCUGUGUCUGCUGGGACUGAUCAUUCUCUGCUCACUUCUCACAGGAGCUGGAGAAGAACUUGCGGGAGACGCAGGUAACAGCGCAGAGAAUGGAAGCACACCUGGUGCAGAAAGAGUGACUUUACAAGGACAAAAUCAAGGUACCAGUGGAGUGAAUGAUGCUCAUGUGUUCAUCAGUUCUGGUGAAGAUGUCCGUCUGCGCUGUAAUAAUGCUCUUUCUGACUGCAACUCAACUACAUGGAUCUAUAACAGAUUCAGACAUUCAGUAGCAGUUGAACUGAUUACUUUAGGGAAAAAGAAGAAAGACACAGAGAGACAUGAGAGACUGAGUCUGGGGUCUGACUGCUCUCUGAACAUCAAGAACGUCACAAAAGAAGAUCCUGGAUUUUACAGCUGCCAACAAUAUGUGAAUGACAAACAACAAGGAACUGAUGCACAUGUUUAUCUGCAUGUUCUUCAUGUUUCAUCAUCAUCAUCCUCACAGACUGAGAUCAGUCCAGGUCGCUCUGUGACUCUCUCCUGUCAGUUGUAUUCAUAUGAUGGAGAAUCUUGUGAUCGUUGGGCCCGUUCUGGGGAAAUUCAUCUGUUGUGGGUGAAUCAGUCUGAUGUUGAUCUGAAGACAGACUCCAGAUAUCAAAUAUCAGCUUCAGGACUCUGUAUCAUCAAUCUGACUACAACACUCCUGAAGGAAGAUGACAACAGAGAGUGGAGAUGUCGGCUUACUCACAGAAAUCAAAACAAGACCUCAGUCAGAUACACUGUCAAGUAUUCAGCUCAAGAUGAUUCAACGACAGCAGUGAUUCCAGUCCACACCACAAACUCUCAGGAUCCCUCAACUAUAAAGACACCAGAAACUAAAGGGCCUGAUUCAAGACAUGCAGAUCCAAAAUUAACGUUUUGGGUACUAUAAAGUAUGGGAUGUAAAACCCUGACUUCAUCUCGGCCAGAGGAACAGGCUUUAUUGCAUCCUUCAUCAGGAGGACUGCAAUCUCUGUACGCAGGACAGGGACGCAGCUGAACGCUACUGAAUGGGUUCAGGGUCAACUGGAGAAGGCGAGGGCCAAACUGGAGUGGUUUCACUAGUAAGCUAUCCCAACCUCCAGAGGAAGCGCUGGUGUCGAAAACGAAGGCGACUCUCCACACGGAGAGCUAAGUCAACCAGUUCAUCGAAGCCACUUGGGAUCUCGUGGGUAGCAAUCUUGGAUGUCCUCAUUAAGUCCAGCACGAAACAUAACUCUGCCUGAUGCUGCGUUCCAGUCACAGAAGGAAUUCAAUUGCAAACUCAGUCACUGAAUGUUUUCCUUCAUGUAGCCGUGCCAGCUGAGCCACUGCUUCCUCACCCCGGGCAGACCGGUCGAAUAGCUUGAUCAUCUCAUUAUGGAGCCCUUCAAAAAGGAAGCAGAAAAAGAAGCAUGAGCCUCCCAGACCGAUGUUCCCCGGUCACGGGCCUUUCCUGUCAGCAGGGUUAAUACAUAAGCGACCUUGGUCUGUUCCACCGCAUACCGACGAGGCUAUAGGGCAAAAACCGGGGAGCAUUGAGCCAAAAACGCUCAAGAGUUAUGGUUAGCAUCAUAAGGCGGCGGGUUGUUAGCGUGAGGUUCUUGCUCUCGACGGGGAGGGAAAAAUAAAAGUAGUGGCAUCUGUUCUGUUAGCUGAAGUCUCCCUGCAGAGGUCCUGGAGCUGGGCACUUAGAUCAGCCAACUGAGAUGUUAGGAGCUCAACCUCCUGGUGAUUAAAUAGGAGACUAAAAGACUUAAUUGAUGCAGAACAGGUGGAAAGAGUGAAACAAUAACGAGGUGAUGAAUGGAAUAACAAGGGGGCGGGGAAAAACGCCACAAUGACAGCGCAAACAUGUGCUCCAGACGACAACAACAAACACAUGACAGACAGGAAAAACAGACAGAUCAGCCCAAGGACAUGACAGUUGCAGUGUUGUUGCUCAGACAAUUCUUUUGUACACUGUACAAUUUUUUGUAUAAACUUUAAGAUAAUAAAUACUUCAUAGCUGCUGAACUGUGAAGUGACACCAGUAUCUCAGAGGACCAUCACUGCUGUAAUAAACUUACUGAACUUUCUAUAAAAUCCUCAUCACAAGCAUCAAUUUACUUCAUGAUAAAUAUGGAUAAUUAUGUUAUUAAAUGUGUAAUUUAUCAUUUUAUUAGUAGUAGUUGUUUUUAUAUAUUUGCAGUAAUGCUGAA